AUAAAAGCUAAAGCUCCAGGUGUAAUUAGAGAAUUGAGAGGAGUGCUUUCAGAAUAUCCUGUGGAUCAUUUGAUCUCCUUUGCUGAAACUCGAUCAUCUAAUCCAACUUUAGAUAUAAUAUUGGAUAGAAUAAAGGAGCUAGUAGAGAAAUGUGAACUUGAUUAUCUGCAACUUAGGCAGAUGAUAAUACAAUUAAGAAUAGAAACUAAUAAUAGAAUAGAAACCCAUUAUGAAGUUCAGCAAUUAAGGGCAGAAUUUGCUGAAUUUAGAGAGCUUCUACAAAG